CUGGAAUAAACAUGUUUAACAUUAAUACAUCCAAAUCAUCAACAUCAGUAUUGGAAGCAAGUGAAAAUAAAAACAUAAGUGACGUGGAUUUGGAUAACAUAGCUCUUUAUUUCAUUAGCACUCAACAAAGAUUUAGAGAAAAUAUCAUAAUUCCAAGAACUGUGGGUCCUGUACAAAGUAAAACUAAUGAAGAAAAAUUAAUAGAAAGUGCAAUGGAAAGUUGCAUUUUCAAAAGUAUUGCAAGUUGCAUUAUAGGGUAUGGAUUAGGAGCUGCAAUAGGAUUAUUUUCAUCUAGCGUGAAUCCAAAUGUAGCCACUGUUGAAAAACAGCAAACUGUCCGUGAAGUAUUUAGAGAAAUGAAAACUACCACAUUAAGUUACGCAAAAAAUUUUGCUGUACUUGGUUGUGUAUUUACAGCAAUUGAAUGUACAAUAGAGUCGUAUAGAGGAAAAAGUGAUUGGAAGAAUGGUACAUAUGCUGGUGGUUUAACAGGUGGAAUAAUAGGACUAAGAGCUGGUAUAAAAGCAGGUUUAAUUGGAGCAGCAGGUUUUGCAGCAUUUUCCACAGCAAUAGACUAUUAUAUGCAUAAAUCUUAAACAAUGUCAUAAAGUAUAGUAGAUAUAUAUUUGUAUAAAAAAAGGUAUAAAACACGAUCUAAGUAUACCUGUACAAUACAUAUAAA